AUGUACGGGGCCCCAGAGAGGGGCCCAGGGGGCCCCAGAGAGGGGACCCAGGGGGCCCCAGGGAGGGGCCCCAGGGGGAUCUACGGGGCCCCAGAGAGGGCUUCAGGGGCCCCAGAGAGGGGCCCCAGGGGGAUCUAUGGGGCCCCAGGGAGGGGCCCCAGGGGGAUCUACGGGGCCCCAGAGAGGGCUUCAGGGGCCCCAGAGAGGGGCCCCAGGGGGAUCUAUGGGGCCCCAGAGAGGGUCCCAGGGGGCCCCAGAGAGGGGCCCCAGGGGGCCCCAGGGAGGGGCCCCAGGGGGAUCUACGGGGCCCCAGAGAGGGCCCCAGGGAGGGGCCCCAGGGGGAUCUACGGGGCCCAGAGAGGGUCCCAGGGGGCCCCAGAGAGGGGGCCCAGGGGGCCCCAGAGAGGGGCCCCAGGGGGCCCCAGAGAGGGGCCACAAGGGGCCCCAGGGGGAUCUACGGGGCCCCAGAGAGGGUCCCAGGGGGCCCCAGGUAGGGGCCCCAGGGGGCCCCAGGGGCCUCAGAGGUCCUUAGGGGGCCCCCAGGGGCCUCUUAAGAACCCCUGGGGUCUCAGGGGUUCCCAGAGGGGCCCCCAGGGGCCCACAGUAGCUCCAGGGGACUCCAAGGCCCUCGGGGACUCUAGGACCCCUGUUGGGGCAAAAGCUAGAGCCAGUGAUGCCCUGCAGCAGCAGCAGCAGCAGCAGCAGCAGCAGCAGCAGCAGCUUCUGCUGCUGCUGCAGAAGCGGGCGGGGGCUGCGGGAUGGGGGUUGAGGGGCUGGGGCUGCGGUAGCAGCAGCAAACGGGAUAGGAGCAGCAGCAGACAGGAGGAGAGCAGCAGCAAACAAGAGAACAGCAGCAACAAGGAGGAUGGGAGCAGCGGCAAGUGGGGGACGGCAGCAAAUAGGGGAGUAGCAGCAGCAAACAGGAGAAGUGCAGCAGCAAACAGGGAAAAAGCAGCAGCAAACAGGGAAAGUGCAGCAGCAAAAAGGGAAAGAGCAGCAGCAAAAAGGGAAAGAGCAGCAGCAGACAGGACCACUGGGGUGUACAGACAGCUACGCCCGCUGGCAAACUUUGCUCGGGAACUCGUGCAGCAGCAGCAGCAGCAGCAGCAGCAGCAGCAGCAGCAGCAGCAGCAGCAGCAGCAGAUCAAAAUAAGAUAA